UUUUUUAUUAUUUUAGAAUUUGUAGUUGGAGGUACCGGAGUAGAAGGUGGUGAGCUUUUCCUCAAUUUCUUAAAACGUUUUUUAACUGAUGUGGAUGAUGAUGAUAAAGAUGGAGGAUGAGGUAGUUUUUGGGGUUUGAAAUUAAUUAUCGAUUUAACAUCUUUAGUAGAUUGAAGAAAAGAUGGAAGAGAAAUAUCAUCAGUUGUCAAUAUUUCAUCAUCAUCUUCGACUAUGUUAGACGAUGGACGUGUAGAAUUGGUACUCAUUAUUGCUCCCUUAGGCGUAGCUACCAUUUCUACUUUAACAGGCCUAUUUUGUUGCUCAUUUCUCAUUUGUAAAUACCGCCUGAGUUCUUGGUUAUAUUUUACAUUUUUUGCACUUGGAUUAUCUUUCUUUCUUUUAAUUUUUUCAAGAUCAUUUCUAAUUAAAUCGAGAUUAGGUUCACCGGUAUCAAAAGUAGUUAGUCCUUUAUAA